GUCGGGGAGGGGGGUGCCGAGGCCUCCCGGGGCGGCGCUCGGGCCGCUGUACAAAUAGGGCGGCUGCGGGUGGCCCGGGCAGACAUGCGGGUCCCGCUCCGCUCCGUGCCCGCGCUGGCGCUCUGCGCCUUAGCCCCGCUCCUCCUGGGCUGCGCUCCGACCCGGGCGCUCACUUGGGCACCGACCGGAGCGUCCACCGGGGCACUCACCUGGGCACCGACCGCAGCGUCCACCCGGGCACUCACCUGGGCACCGACCGCUGCGUCCACCGGGGCACUCACCUGGGCACCGACCCGCGCCCCGGCCCGCGCCCCGCCGCGCUGUCCCCCGCUGAUGCUGCAGCUGCUCCGCGCCCCUCCCGCCCCGCUCCGCGCCGCCGCCGCCGCCGCUCUCAGCCUCUCCCCACACGGCUCCCUGCAGAACGGCUCCCGCUGGGCGCUCUCCUUCGACAUGUCCUCGCUGUCCAGCAGCCAGGAGGUGAGUCUGGCUCAGCUCCGCGUCCGCCUGCCCGGCCUCUCCCGCGCCCACAACGUCUCCCUGGACAUCUUCCACAGCCAGCGGCGCAGGUGCCGGCCAGACGGGGGCUGCGCCCACCAGCUCUUCCUGGGCACCGUGGCUGGCAGCCCCUCUGCCACCCAGGCCUCCUGGAAAGUCUUUGAGGUCACCAACCUGCUGCGGGCCUGGCUGCACCAAGCCGUGCCCGCUGGGCAGCGGAGCCCCGCGGGAAGGGGGCAGUGGGAGGGGAGCGGCUGGGCCGCCCCGGCAGAGCCCGGCCGCGGGGAGCCAGCCCUGCCCCAGGACGUGGCGGACAGCGUCCUGCUGCUCGUCUUCUCCAAGGACAAGUCCCCAGGGGAGCACAGCCUCAUCAGGACGGCGGAGACCUCCAAGUACAUCAUGCGCGACAGCGGCUCGCAGGGCGCGGGGCCGCGCCGGCAGCGCAGGAACCGGGCGGAGAGGCAGCGCAUCAAAGCGAGCGGCGGCGCCGCGGCCGCCCCGCGGGAGCAGCGCGGGCCGCUGUGCAGGAGGGUGGACAUGGUGGUGGAUUUCGAGCGGACGGGCUGGGGCAGCUGGAUCGUGUACCCCAAGAAGUACAACGCCUACCGCUGCGAGGGGCUGUGCCCCUCGCCCGUGGACGAGACCUUCAAGCCCACCAACCACGCCUACAUCCAGAGUUUGCUGCAGCUCUACAAGCCCAACCAGGUGCCGUGUCCCGCCUGCUCCCCGGUGAAGAUGAGCCCCCUCUCCAUGCUCUACUACGAGAGGGGCGAGAUGGUCGUCCGCCACCACGAGGACAUGAUCGUCGAGGAGUGUGGCUGCAACUGAGGCGCCCCGUACCCGCCAGGAAGGCGCACGUCUGUGCCCAGAAGUGCCUCGAGGA